ACAAUCGUUGAUUCCUUCGUGCGCAAGUAAUACCAUAAAAGGCGGACCAACUACCAUUUUACAGUUUUCGUGCCCAAGUUUCCGUUUCCAUGUUCAAACGUUAGGACGACAUUUUUUGCUUACAAAUAGCACCAGCCAGCAUCACUGUUGCCUUCAUCUUGGUUCAGAUGGCUCGUCUCCCGAAGCUUCCCUUUUUAUCUUCAACGCUCUCCAAGCUAGCUUUCCUUCUAUCUCUUGUCAUUCUUCUAUCUCUUCCUCUCGGUUUCUAUUCUGAGGACGGCACCUUAAGCCGUCAUUGCUUGGAGAACCCUCCAGUAGUUAACUCCAGCUAUGGAGCUGGGUCAGUACACAAAAUUGGAGGCCACAAGGCUUACGUUAGUGGCCAUCGUCGUUCCAAGCUUGCAAUCCUACUUGUUUCUGAUGUUUAUGGAUAUGAAGCUCCGCAUUUGAGGAAAAUCGCUGACAAGGUUGCUGAAUCUGGAUUCUAUGCUGUGGUUCCCGACUUCUUCUUUGGAGAUCCCUAUGUAGCCAAUUCUUCGAGGACAGUCCAAGAAUGGUUAAAAACUCAUGGAACAGAUGACGGCUCCAAAAAUGCUACGCGAAUAAUUGCUGCUCUGAAAAGUAAAGGCAUACAUGCAGUUGGAGCAGCAGGGUUUUGCUGGGGUGGCAAUGUGAUUGUGAAAGUGUCAAAGACUCAUCACAUUAAAGCUGCAGUGUUGUUACACCCUUCAUGGGUCACUCUGGAUGAUAUUGAGGGUAUGAAUAUUAAUACAAAUUUAAAUGUUAAAGGUUCACCCACAGGAAUCUUGCACUCUCACAUAAAAUGCCACCGGAAUGUAAGGCUAAUAAUCCUUGAACAGAUACAAUACCACAAAGGGAUUACACAUAAGUAAUCCCACAAACUAACGUGGCUUCAUGUGAUCCGUCAGAUCUGUAAUCUGUCAAAUUACAUCAAGCCACAUUUGUUUGUGAGAUUACUUUUGUGUAAUCACUUUGUGGCUAGAGUAUUUCUCAAUUGUAAAUAUCUAGCCUUGUACAUCUUCUGGGUAUCCAUAAACACCUUACAUGUGGAGAUGAGAAAAUUGCCCUAAUUUAUCUGAUACAAAAGAGUGGUAGGAGAGCUGCUUCAAGUUGUAGUGAAAGAUUUUCAAACGGGCUUGGCAAGCUUUAUAGAAGUUAUUAUAAUCCUAUGCACUUUCUUUAGCAUUUAAUGAUACAAUGCUGGUAAAACUUUCAAAUGCUUAUCAAAAUUUCCUUUUUCAGCUGUCAAGGUUCCUCUUUCCAUAUUGGCUGCUGAAUUAGACAAGGGCACUCCUGCCAAACUUCUCAAACAGUUUGAGGAGGCUCUAU